AUGAAGGCAAUUAUACAUGAUAUGUGUAUGUAUAGACGGUUAAAGAUUGACCCAACAUCUAAGCUGCAGACAAGGAACAACAAAUUGGUGGAAAAACUUUACAACUUGAACCUCAUAAAUAUCCAGGAAAAGAAUAAAUUGACCAGCAGGACCGCAUUGGCCCCUCGAAUAUAUGGCUUCCCAAAGAUCCAUAAAGAGGAUACAACGUUGAAACUAAUAUGCUCAUCAAUAAACGCACUGUCCUAUCAUCUAUGUAAGUACAUGGUAAAAAUUCUGAAAAAUAUCACAAAGGAUUCCAAAUAUAAUGUUAAAGACACGGUGGAUUUUAAAGCGAAUAUAAGAAAUAUCACCAUAGACAAUGACGAAGUUUUAGUAUCUUUUGAUGUGGUGUCCUUGUUCCCAAGUAUUCCAAUCAAUUUGCCAUUUAGGACAAUUGAGAAUAAAUGGGAAGAGAUUGAGAAAUAUACCAAUAUACCACGGGAAAUUUUCAAAGAAUUACUAACAGUCUACAUGAAGGACAGUAAAUAUUUUAAAUACGAUGACAAGCUGUAUGAACAGCUUAGAGGAAUGCCAAUGGGAUCCCCCGCUUCUCCCAUUAUUGCUGAUAUUGUAAUGGAGGAACUUCUGAAUGACACAUUUGACAAAAUGAUGGACAAAGUUAAGUUCAAUGAAAAUGUUUCGGUAAAUUUGCAAAGCUCCAACCACGUACAUGUGGGCACUUUCGAAUUCAAUCUACACCACAAUAUACCCAUAUCGGCAAUAAACAAACCGUCAUCUGCAACACUCAGCAACACAUACACAAUUAACAACAAUUUAUCAUUCCAAACACAUAGUUUAUGA